AUGUCUCGCGCAGGCGUCUCAAUACGCCACGCCACAGAUCUCAGCGCGCCUCCACCGCCCGACCAGGACGAGACAUGUCCCGUCUGCAAGACAACCCGUUAUUUCAACCGCGACAUGGAGUUUCGCAUCAACCCGGAAUGCUACCACCGCAUGUGCAAAACCUGUGUCGAGCGCAUCUUCAAAGACGGGCCCAACCAAUGUCCCUACGCGGGAUGCCACAAGACGCUGCGUCUGCGCGGCUUCAAGACGGCCUUUUUUGCGGACUUGACCGUCGAGCGAGAGGUCGAUAUCCGGAGACGAGUCGCGGCUGUAUUUAACAGGACGGAGGAGGAGUUUGAGACGUUGGAUGAUUUUAAUGAGUACCUCGAGAUGGUCGAGUGUCUUACCAGCGAUCUUGUUUACGGCACCGACGAACAAAAGCGGAAAGCAGAGGCGCAACUCUCGGAAUGGGAAGCAAAGCACAAAGCCGAUAUCGAACGCAACAGACGAUUAGCACGCGAAUCAGACGAUGCUCGCCAACGCCGCAUCGCAGCAGAGGAAGCAGAGGCGCGCCAACGCCGUAUGCUCGAACGACAAGAGGAACUGGAAGAAAAGGUCAACGCGAAGCGCUUCCGUGAAGAGAUGCUCGACUCGCUACAGAGCGCGGAAACAGGUCGUGCGGCAGAGACGAUGGACAAGAUCAUGCUCAAGAAAAGAGGCCAGAACAAACGCGACGCCGCGUUCGGAGCAGCCGGCGUCGGAAGCGGACUUUCGAUCCGUGGACUGCGCGAGAAGAAAGGUCCUGUGGUGGAUAACAAACCAUACGAUCCCUACGGUGGCGUGCGCGUGAUGCCGGACCGUAUCGACCUUGCGCCUGAGAAACUAGCGACGUACUCUAAUGACUGGGUCGAGAUCACAAGGACAAAGGAGGCGUUCAAGGCUGGUGGAUAUAGUCCUGAUGAGUUUCUCACAAGGGCUCUGUUCGAGGCGUUUUCAGGACUGGGAGUGUUUGUGGAUGAGGAAAAGGUUGAGAAGAGUGUUUCUACAGCGGCAGCAAAAGAGGCUGCUGCGACAGGUGAAACAGGUGGUAAAAUGGACGUUGACGAUCCCUUUUAA